GCAACACAAAAACACAAACUCAGUCAAUCUUUCGUUUUUUUUUUUAUUCGUUGAUUUUUGUUUCGUUGAUCGUUCCUUCGUUCCUUCGUUACAGACAUACACACUCAAACCAUCCAUUCGAACAAUUCACACACACAGACACAAGGCAUGGCGGACGAGGCACCAGCAGCAAGUCACAACCAGGCGUCAUCCGCGCCCACCAUCCCCACUCGCAGCGCACCUCCAGUGCCAAGCACCAGUGUUGACGAUCGCAUUUACGAAGAGUUCCUCAACCUGAUGAAUAGCUCGGAGUUUGAUCAACUUGUGGAGCAGGUCCAGUACGUUCCCCGAGGUCGCGGCGGUCGCGGCGGUCGUGGCGGCGGUCGUGGCGGCGGUCGUGGCGGUGCUCCCGGCGGCCUUGGCCGUGGUGGCGCUGGUCGUGGCGGUGGCGCUGGUCGUGGUGGUGGCCUUGGUCGCGGCGGAUUUGCACUGGGCGGGUUGCUCGGAGUGCCGCCUGCAAGCGAUUCCACCAUUACGCAACCCGAGCCAGCAGCAGCAACAGGCCCAUCGACCCAUCACGACGACGGCGGUCGACGAGGUCAUCGUCAUGGCCACCACCAUCACCAUCAUCAUCAUGAUGAUCAUCAUGGUGGCGGCGAGGCUGCUGCAGCCACUGCACAGACGCAACCUCCAGCGCCGACUGUGCGACGAACCAAGCCGGCAGCCAGCAGCAGCAAGGAAGAUUACCGCGCAGUGCCCCCUCCAGAGGGCUUGUACUCGACGGCGCCGCAGCGUGGACGUCGCCAUCACCAAGCACAAGCUCAAGGACAGGCUCAAGGACAGGCUCAAGAAGCCCAAACCCAAUCGGCUGAACCCGGUGCUGCAUCGGCGUCGUCCUCUGCGGCCGCCGACACUGCAGACUCGACGCAAAAGGACAAGAGCAAAGGCCACGGCAAAGGCAAGCGCAGCAAGAACGAUCGGGACGAAUCGAGCACCUCGUCAACCGACGCAAUGCCCUCAGUUACCGUUCGCUCGACCAAGACGAAAGCCGCCUCAUCUGCGCCGCCCUCUCAGCCACCCACCCCAGUCAACCCAGCCAACACCAACAACAACAGCAACGACGAUGACGGCAAAAACCAGAGCAAGCGGGGUCGCCAUGGAGGCGAGCCCGUCUCCUACUCGAAAUACCUGCCCAAGCUCGAGGUGGAUGCCGGCCUUGCGGAUGGAACCCUCCUUCAGGGCCUCAUUCGCAUCAAUCCCAAAGCGCAUUCGAUGGCCUACGUGACAUGCGACAAGCUCGACCGCGAUGUCUGCUUGGAAGGCUUGGAGAAGCGCAACCGAGCUCUUGACGGCGACUCUGUUGUGCUGCGCUUGGACGACAAGGCUCUUUGGCGCAUCAUGCAGCGUGACUGGGAUGCCGAUCAAUUGGCCAAGGGGGAUGGCAAGGUCGACUCGGUGUCCGCCAAGCUCGGCUCGUUGUCGCUCAACGACCGUGAGCAGCAUCACGACGACGACAACGACAUGGACGACGAGGACGACGAGGACGACGAGCAUGACCUGUCCUCGGAUCCUUCCACGGCGUCCUCAGCCUCAGUCCUGUCCACUGCGUCUUCAGUGUCCUUCUCGUCCUCCAAGGAGCCGACUGCAACGACCAAGGUGAAUCGCCAUCAACAGGGCAGGCGCACCAAGAUGCGUAGCACGAUUCAGACACUUGGCGAGUACCGUCGUUCUGCUGGAAACGCCAAAUCUGUCCCAGACAAGUUCCUUCAACCGACUGGUAACGUGGUCUUCAUUCUUGAAAACAACCGACGCGAAACGCCCGUGGUGGGCCAGCUGUCUUCCUUCAAGAGCAAGCCGCCGACAAAGCAAGACAUUAUUCGUCAUGGAGGUCGUUCCGCGGCUGCCAAGGCUUCCCAGUCGUCAACAGAGUCCCGUGCGCUUUUCACCCCGAUUGACCCACGCAUUCCUUCCAUGCGCGUCCCUCUGGCAGAUUGCCCAGAGGACCUGACGAGCGUUCCGCAAAAGUACAAGGACAUGUUGUUCUCCGCCAAGCUCACUGAUUGGCCCGAAAACUCCUCGUAUGCGUCGGGCAAAGUGCUCGAGCUGCUCGGCCCCGUGGGUCAGAUUGCUUCUGAAACGCGGGCCAUUCGUUUGGAGCACCACUUUGAGCAGGAGAGGUUUGAACCGAAAGUGCUUGCUUGCCUGCCAUCGGUCGCACAUCCUCAUGCCACCCCUACGACUGAGCUCCCCAAGAACUCGAAGGCGGCACAGGAUCCCGUCGACCCCGAGAAAACCCUACCUCCAGGCGCCGAUCCCACUGGCUGGGUUGUGCCCGAGGCUGAGCUCCAAACUCGCCGCGACCUGCGCAGCACACGCAUCUUUACGAUUGAUCCUCCGACAGCUCGUGACCUCGAUGACGCACUGCACAUUACUCCACUGGCCGACGACUUGUUCGAGGUUGGCGUGCACAUUGCUGAUGUGAGCUACUUUGUCAAGGAGGGCUCCAGACUCGAUAAAGAGGCAGCCGAGCGCGCCACCACCUGCUAUCUCGUGCAAAUGGUCGUUCCAAUGCUCCCAGGCCUGCUGAGCGAGCACUUGUGCAGUCUCAAUCCUGGCACCGAUCGACUCGCAUUCUCGGUCAUCUGGAAGAUGAACAGCGCUGGUGUGAUUCAAGACCAGUGGAUUGGGCGCACCGUUAUUCGCUCGUGUGUCAAGAUGAACUAUGACAUUGCGCAGGAGAUUCUCGAUUCAGACGUGACCCGUGAGUGGCUGUACGACGAUUUGCCUGACGUCUUCCCGCUUGCUGCCAAUCCUACGAGCGCCGGUGUGCCUGUUUUGCCCACUGCGAUGGACAUUGCGGGCGAUGUGCGCAAUUUGUGGAAGGUCGGUCAGCAGCUUCGUGCAGCUCGUGCUUCACAAGGCGCCCUGCGUCUGGAUCGCGUCAAACUCUCGUUUACGAUCGACCCAAACACCAAAGAGCCGUUAAGCUACGGCGCCUACCCCAUCCGCGAGAGCAACAAGCUUGUGGAGGAAUUUAUGCUCUUGGCCAACAUGUGCACCGCCAGGCGUAUCUUUGACGCCUUCCCCGAGCAAUCGCUCCUGCGCUGCCAUGCGCCUCCGCACACGUCCAAGUUGGCCGAGCUGGCCAAGGAUUUGCGCGAGAGUGGUAUUCCCAUGGACGUCUCCUCCGCCGGAGCCUUGCAGCAGUCCUUGCUGGCCAUCGAACAGACUCAUGGGACGCAUGUUAUGCAGGUCGUGCAAGUGCUGGUCACUCAUCCAAUGCAGCAGGCCAAGUACUUUUGCUCUGGCCAGCAGCACCGGGAAGACUUUUGGCAUUACGCCUUGAAUGUUCCCUUCUACACGCACUUUACCUCGCCCAUCCGUCGCUACCCGGACAUUAUCGUUCAUCGUCUUCUUGACCAAGCCAUUCGUGGACAAGACGCCGCGUCCGUCAUAUCCACCUUACCGCUGGGUAAAAUUGCCAGCCAUUGCAACACCAGAAAGUCCGACGCGCGGAAUGCUCAAGAGCGCAGCUCUGCCGUGUACCUGUGCAGAUUUGUCGCAUCGAAUGGACCCUUCUACCUGGAUGCGAUCGUGCUCGAUGUCAAGGAUCGGUCGUUCCAAAUUGUCAUUCCCGAGUUGGACCUGGAGGAGCGCAUCUUUUGCGAAGAUCUCGAUAUUUCCAAGUUUUCUUGGCGGUCGGACAUUCAUGCGCUGGAUCUCUUUUGGAAUGAGCGCGCUGUUGACAUGGUCACUCGCGCUGGCGGCGACCGAAGUGUGCGCCAAGACGAGUAUGACGACGACUCGUGCUCGUCGGACGAGGAGAGCACGACAAGGAUGGGAGGUCGACGCAUUACUGGCGAGCGACAUGCCGAAGAGCGCUCGCGCACCGACCGUCGUCGCGACCGACAGGCCGCUCGGGCGCAGCGGAAGCAGGAGUUAGCCGCGAGCCGCGAGCCUCUGACUGACGAGGACCGCAUCCUCAAACAGACACAGAGGUCUGCCAAGCAUCAAGAGCGCGUUGCCAGCAAAAUGAAGCUCGCAGUUCAUCUGUUCAAUCACGAAAAGUCCACGCCGAAAUGCAUGCAGCGCGUGGAGCGCUUCGGCAAAGUGCGCGUGUCCGUCGUCGCCCUGGUCCGAAAGGCCCCCGUCAAGCUUCGUCUCGAAGCGAUUGCGCCUCCCCGCGAUCAGUUUGAGUCGUACAACACUUCUCCGCAAUGAGUCAUUGGGUGUUUGAUGUUGACAAAUAGAUUCUGGU